AUGCAUGCAUUGCUCGCUUGUUGUGGCGCUGAGAUACCCUCCGCCAAGGCUAGCUUCCGUCAACUGGCCCGCUAUCACUAUACCCAUGCGGUAGCUGGGCUCCGCAAUAAUUUGAAUGACGGGCUCUUGCAGGAUCGGUGGGUUGUUGUCCUGCUGACCAUCAUGAUGCUGUGUAUUUACGAGCGAUCCAAGCCGAGCGGAUCUUCGGGAGUGGAGACUCAUCUUGCAGGAGCGGCUAGAUUGAUUCAACUUGUCUCUAGAAGUUACACGGUCCGUUUGCAGGGCACGGGAAUCGAGCCGGCUAUGCAACAUCUCGUUCGAGAGUCUUUUAUCUUCCAUGUCACAACUAGCCUUCCAUUCCAUGACGAGGAUUUCUAUAACGGGGAGAUUGAGGCAGCUUUGGCUCUUGCAGAAGAGGCCAUAUCUCAGCAUUUUGGCUCUCGCUACUUCGCCCACCUUGACUCGCCAGUGCUCGGUUUCCCACCCCAGCUAUUCCGAUGCAUCUACACUGUUUAUCGGCUCUACCGAGUGUCAGACCGAGCCCAAAUCGAUCCGGAGAUUUGGCAGAGAAUGGACGGUAGUCUGUGUCAAUGGGACGAACGCAUCAUGGCAACCAUGGAAGGACUCGCUGAUAUUACUUCGAGUGGACCCAGAUUAUACAUUCUAGGGUGUCGCAUCCUGCUCCGACGAAUGUCUCCUUCGGGCCUGCCGGCCCUGUCCCUUUCUCUGUUGGUUCAGGAAGGCAUGGAGAUCGUAGGUCGGCUCCAGCCUGCGCAGGACUAUUACGCGGAUUAUUACUGCUGGCCAUUUCUGGUGCUCGGGAUGAAUCUGGGACGUACACCUGACCGAGAUUUGCUUAUGAGACAGGUCGAGGCUUUUGGAGCCGCGACGAAUAAUGGGACCAUGAGGCGACUCGGGGACAUGUUGAGGAUAUACUGGGAAGGACAUUAA